UGGGGUGUUUCCCCUCCUCCUUUUCGUCGCUGCUGACGCGCCGCUGCCUAUUAAUCAUUCACCAGCCGGAGAGCGGCAAUUAACGCCGCUCGGCUCGGCUCGGCGGCAGCACCUCACUCGCUCCCCAUGCCAGGCUCGGGCGGGAGACAGCGCCGCGGCUCCGCCAGCAUGCCGAGCCGGGCGGGCGGCCAGCGCCGGCUGCUGUGAGCCCGCGGGAGGGGAGGGCUGGGCUGAGGAUGCUCCCCAAUGGCACCUGCCCCAGGCUCCCGGGCGGUGCAGGUGGAGGCAGCGGCAGUAGCGGCGGCGCGAGCGGAGGGAGCUGCUGUGGCAGCGGCAGCGCCGGCGGGGUCCUGGGGGAGGCAGCGGCGGGGGGCAUGGAGGCGGGCGGCAGGAACUCGUCCGGCGCCCCGAACGGCACCCUGAGCGACUCGCAGGGCAGCGCCAUCCUCAUCUCCUUCAUCUACUCCGUGGUGUGCCUGGUGGGGCUGUGCGGCAACUCCAUGGUCAUCUACGUGAUCCUGCGCUACGCCAAGAUGAAGACGGCCACCAACAUCUACAUCCUCAACCUGGCCAUCGCCGACGAGCUGCUGAUGCUCAGCGUGCCCUUCCUGGUCACCUCCACCCUGCUGCGCCACUGGCCCUUCGGCUCGCUGCUCUGCCGCCUGGUGCUCAGCGUGGACGCCAUCAACAUGUUCACCAGCAUCUACUGCCUGACGGUGCUCAGCGUGGACCGCUACAUCGCCGUGGUGCACCCCAUCAAGGCGGCCCGCUACCGCCGGCCCAGCGUGGCCAAGAUGGUCAACCUGGGCGUCUGGGUGCUCUCCAUCCUCAUCAUCCUGCCCAUCAUCAUCUUCUCCAGCACGGCGCCCAACAGCGACGGCACGGUGGCCUGCAACAUGCUCAUGCCCGAGCCCACCCACCGGUGGCUGGUGGUCUUCGUGGUCUACACCUUCCUGAUGGGUUUCCUGCUGCCCGUGGUGGCCAUCUGCCUCUGCUACAUCCUCAUCAUCGCCAAGAUGCGCAUGGUGGCGCUCAAGGCCGGCUGGCAGCAGCGCAAGCGCUCCGAGCGGAAGAUCACCCUCAUGGUCAUGAUGGUGGUGAUGGUCUUCGUCAUCUGCUGGAUGCCCUUCUACAUCGUGCAGCUGGUCAACGUCUUCGUGGAGCAGGACGACGCCACCAUCAGCCAGCUCUCCGUCAUCUUGGGCUACGCCAACAGCUGCGCCAACCCCAUCCUCUACGGCUUCCUCUCGGACAACUUCAAGAGGUCCUUCCAGCGGCUCCUGUGCCUCAGCUGGAUGGACAACGCCACGGAGGAGCCCGUCGAUUACUACGCCACCGCCCUGAAGAGCAGGGCCUACAGCGUGGAGGACUUUCCCCCCGACAACUUGGAGUCGGGGAGCAUGUACAGGAACGGCACUUGCACCUCCAGGAUUACCACCCUCUGAGGAAGCGCAUAGCAGCCUCCCGCCGCCCCCGAGGCGCAGGGCAGGCGGGAGCUGGGGAC